ACACCCAGGAACACACACACCGACACACACCGACACCGGACAGAGAUCCAGGUAAAGAACAGUAAAGAACAGGUGUCUCAGGUGUACUGACACAGGAGCUGACAAAAAGAUGACUCCUCCCCCCGUCCCGAAACCUCGAGCGCGAUACCUGAGGGACAGCUGGAGCUCCGCCUCCUCUCUGGACAGAGAUGUGACUGGAGAAAAUCUACAGGCAGAGUUUUCCAACGGAGCUCACCUGAGCACAGAUGAAGAAGCUCCUCCUCCUGGUGAUCAUGGUGCCGUCUUCCCAAGUUUGGCUGGCGUUGCUGACCUCAUCGCCACCAACAUUCCAUCACUGGCUGGAAUUGCCACAGCCAUCGGAAGCUCCGCCCCCUCAGCCCCCUUAGCCCCCCCCUCCUUAAAUAGUAUGGCUGACAGCAUCGCCACCAACAUUCCUGGCCUAGCAGAAGCUGCUAGCGCUGUGGCUAACCCCAGUGCGGCUGCACAGACCUCCCUCUCUGCUGCACUUGUUCCUGCAGAUAACACAGGUACUGCUAAUUUAGACAGCAUUGUCAGCUCACUAGCUAACAUACCCAGUUUAACAGGGAUUGUUAGUGGUGUGCCUAACCCUGCUAUUAGCUCCGCCCCUUCGGCCCCACCCCUCUCAGAGGAUAAACUCCGUACACUCCCAAAGAUUGCUGGAGACGCUCACACAGAUGUUGGACUCCUGUCUCAGCUGGUGACGUCAGUUUUAGAUCCGACUGCAGACGUCAUAUUACCAUCUGUAAAGAGCACUGCGGAGUCCACAGAGGAAACUGAGGAAGGUUUGACUUCAUCUUCUCGCACCACCAAAGAAGAAAACCCGUAUGUGACCGUGUUGGCCUGUUGGACGAACCAAGAGGAAGUGGACACUGAGUCAUCCAAUGAGGAAGAAGAAACAGGGAUAAAUCCCGCCCCCUCUGGAACUGAGGGAGUAAUGGAAGAUGAUCCCAACUCUACAAAUACCAACAAUGUCUCAUCCAAGCAUUUGGGUCGGCUCAUCCCCACUCGACCAGCCCCGCCCCCUCCUCGCACAGCUGGCCAAUCAGGAAAACCUGUGAAACAGAAGAUCCCAAGGGCGGCCACCAUCCGGGUGUCGAGGAAGAAGGGGGGCAGUGGGAGUUUGGCUGCUCAGAGUGCCGUGGUUCGAGCCAGCUGGCUGGACGUCUGGAAGGGCUUCAGACACAGUGUUUUAUGGGCGACACUGGACGGACAGCUGAUGUCUCUGUGGAAAAAACGCACAGACCGGUUCAGUGAGGUGCUGUUUCAUGUGUCCAGCAUCACCAAUGUGAAAAAACAGGACAAAGGCAGAUUCUCGGUUUACUUCAGGAAGAAACAUUAUGACUUCAUGGCUCACAAAGACGAGGUCCAGGAUGGUUGGAUCACAUCUCUGCUGGCAACUCGGGGCCAGCCAAGCCCCACCCCCCCGGAGCUGCACGGACCAAUCACCAUCAAGGACCCGCGGAGCCGUGCCUACGCUGCCCUCUGGGGCCAUGACCUCUGGAUUUACCCAAACAAGGAGGGCUUCCAGCUGGGCAUCGCCUCCUUCUCCGUCCCCCUGAACCUGGCCACAGUGAAAUCUACAGGGAAGCACUCAUUCACCCUCAUCACUCCUUACAGGAGCUUCAGCCUGUCUGUUGAUUCGUCGAAGGACUUGUCCGUCUGGUUGGACAGCCUGUCUUCGACCAUCCGCAGCGCUCUGUCCUGCAGCCAGGUGGCGCUGCGUCUCUGGGAAAACCCCUACAACAAGGUUUGUGGAGAUUGUACUGCAGCCAAUCCUGAGUGGGCGUCGGUCAACCUGCUGUUGGUCAUCUGUCAGGAUUGUGCAGGUCAGCAUCGAGCUCUGGGCAGCAACCUGUCGAAGGUACGCAGUCUGAAGAUGGACAACAAAGUCUGGACUGAACCACUCAUCCAGCUGUUUGUUACCUAUGGUAACCGCUUGGCCAAUCAGAUGUGGGCUCCGGUGGUGCCGCCAGCAGAGCAGCUGCAUCCUGAGUCGACGGACGCGGAGAGGUCACAGUUCAUCCAGGAUAAAUACAGCAGGGGGCGCUACAGACGAGUCCACGCUCUGACGUCGUCCCCCUCCAUGAUGGAUCAGCGGCUGCGUCAGGUGGUCUGCAGCAAGAACGUCGAGGAGACGAUGUCUCUGAUCUGCUCUGGAGCAAAGGUGAGUCCGUCUGACCCACAGAGUCCCUCCCCCAUCUUGCUGGCUGAGAGAGCCAAUCAGGCGAUGCAAACUGAGCUGCUGCGGCUCAACGAGUACACAGAGGUUCCACCUCACCUGCCCCAGUCGGCCAAGCAAAGACUUGACUCCGCCCCCUCAGGUGAGGAGGAGGAGCUUCACGGUAAACUGGAGGACGACCGCUUUCUGUUCUCACUUGAGAAUGACUCUGCAGCCUGCGAUGUUCUGGACCUGCGAGAGGUUCUGUCUGUGUUCCUCAGAGAUGGGCCGGCUAAUCAGUUUGAGAUGGUGACGCUGAGCGAUCAGCUGAUCUGCAACGCCGAUGACAAGGAGGCGCUGCAGACUCACCUGGUUCACAUCCUGAAGGUGAUUCUCCCAGGGGGCGUGUCUUAUGCAGAAGUGGGCGGGGCCUCUGCUGUCAGUAAAGUGUGCGUUGUAGAAGUGGGAGGAGCCUCGAGUCAUCCAGACGCCUGGUUGUUACUGUGGGAGGACGGAGUCAGUGUUCACCCGGUCCAGAGGCACUCGCAGCAGCCUCUAAAGAUGGAACUGAGCGCGCUCAGUCACCAUGAGAUGAAUCCAUCUGAAAAUAUAAUCACCAUGGCGACCACAGGCAGGAUCGUGGCGUUGCGAUUUGAGGAGCAGCACAGCUGUCAGUCCUGGUUCAACCACCUGCAGAGAGCUCUGGCCAAUCAGAGUUCAGCUCCGCCCCAUCCUCCUGCGGCCAAUCAGAGCCCAGCUCACCAGGCGCUUUACCCAGUGAUCGACGUGGGGUCAAGAGGUUCGGUGCCGGCAGCCAUCGAACGCUGCAUCUCCCACGUCACCGCCUACGGUCUGAAGGUGGAGGGUGUUUACCGUCGCUGUGGUCUCGCCACCAAAGUCAACCGAUUGGUGGAGGCCCUGAUGACAUCAGCAAAGUCCGCUCCCCUGGAGGGAGACGAGCAGGGUGUGCUGGAUGCUGGCUCCGCCCUCAAACAAUAUGUCCGCCAACAGGAGAGUCUGAUCCCCGACGGACAUCGACAGCAGUGGCUGCAGGCAGCAGUGAUUUCAGAUGAACGCAGCAGGUUUAAAGAAUACAGACGGUUACUACGGCAACUUCCUGAUGACAACCGGGCAACACUGAAUGCUCUGUUUGGACACUUUUACAUGGUCCAGGUGUUCUCUCAGGUGAACAAGAUGUCAGCUCACAACCUGGCGGUAGUUCUGUUUCCGUCUGUGUUUCAGACUCUGAACCAGGAUCUGAUCAGACUCACCAGAGAGUUCAUCAUCCACCACACGCUGCUGUUCCUGACGCUGGAGGACGAGCAGAGGGAGGAGGAGGAGAUCACCGUCUUCUGAUGAAGAACUAAUGAAACUGAAAAGAUGAUUUUGUUUUACUUUUGGGAUGGAAGAUGGACAUUUUAAUGAAACAUUUAUUGGCACUGAAGCGAAUCUCUGUUUAACAAAUCAGUCUGCAGAUUAUUUUCUUUUUCAGACUGAAGUGAUUACUGAGAAUAAAUAUUUCUGAUGUUUUCUGCAGUG